UGAGUAGACUAUUACAUUUGCAUUAAUUUCUACUGUAGGUACCUGCUCUGUGAAUGUUCAUUGUACGCGUUGUCAGGGUUAUGUUUAAUUAAUUAACAAGGUCUUUUACUGUUUAAAAUUAUGUACAGUUUUUCUAACGAAUAUCCUACGUUUCUACUACUUCCAAGACACUUUAAAUCUACCACUGAUUAUAAAUCUCAACAGGAAGGAAAGAAAAACAAGAAAAAUAUUGUAUCUGUCUUCUAGACGGAAAUCCCAAUUAGUCGACGUGGAAAUAUAAGUUGCAUUUUACUUCCAGGAAUCGCGGAUGCAGUGGAUACCCCGGUAUUCACCUUAAAAAUUAGGAAAACUGCAGGAAAACCUAAUUCGGAGUAGGUGGCAGAAUGCUCGAAACUGAUAUAAGGAAGCUCCCAUCUCUGCCACAGAUGAAAAAUUCUUCAUGAGUAGAUAUGGACGGUCCAGUGUGCUCCACCGACACCCAAAGUGUACAAUUUGUAAAGAAGGAUAACGGAUUCAGAGGACAGUCUCACUUGAGUCACAUUCACAAUCUUGGCAGCGAGCCGCUUAAAUCUUUAACACUUGGACAACUACUCGAAGAUGCCGCAAACAAAUAUGAGAAAACGGAUGCCAUUGUUUCAGUUUGGGAUAACCGAAGAGUUACGUACAAAGAAGUUUUGCACCAAGCGGAUAAAUUAGCAGCGGGGUUUCUCAGUUUGGGUUUGGAAAAGGGUGACAGAAUUGGUCUGUGGGCACCGAAUAUAGUUGAAUGGGUGAUUGUGUUCUAUGCAUCCGCACGUGCUGGUUUGGUUACGGUGGCAAUAAAUCCUAACUUUAAAGCACUGGAUUUGGAGCACGUUUUGAAUGUAAGUGGUACCAAAGCACUCGUUUGUUUAGAACAGUAUAAAUCCAUAAACUUCUAUGACACUCUAAAAUGCUUGCUACCAGAGUUAGAAAUGUGUAGUACAAAGCGAUUGUCUUCGGCCAAAUGCCCAGCGUUAAAGUUCGUUGUUGUCAUAUCGAAUGCGCCACUGAGGGGAGCACACAAUUACGCAGAGGUAUUAAACGCCGUAGAUACUAACACGGUUGAGGGUUACCACGUGAACCCCGAAGAGACGGGUGUUAUUCAACUUUCUUCCGGAACCACGGGAAGAGCAAAGGCAAUUUGCUUAUCCCACAGUCAGGUGGUGAAUAGUAGCUACUUCUUGGGGAAACGAUUGGGUUUUGACAAGGCUCAACACAUCAUCUGCGUACAACCUCCGUUGUUCCACGUGUUUGGCGUUGUAGGAUCUAUAUCAAAUGCUGCUCACUUCGGCGCAACUUUGGUUUUUCCUGCACCAAUGUAUAACUCGACAGAAAACCUGAAAGCUCUUGAAAAUGAAAGAUGUACCCUGAUUUAUGGAACACCUACUAUGUAUAUAGAUUUGAUAAACGUUCAAACUCAGUUGAAAAAAAAGCUUUAUGCGCAAAAAGCAUUCAUCGGCGCUGCUCCAUUUUCUCCGGAGCUGUUGGCCAAGAUCAAGGACAAACUAAAUGUCCAACAAAUUUUGCCGGGAUAUGGUGCUACAGAAACAUCCGGGGCGGUUUUUGUUUCUACAUCAAGCGGACUUACAGUUGGGCAAAGAAUUAACGAUGGAUAUAUUAUUGAUCAUGCAGAAGUCAAGGUCGUAGACAACUGUCGAAACAUCGUACCUUUUGGUAUACCUGGGGAAUUAUACGUACGUGGAUACUAUACGAUGAAGGGCUACUUGGACGACCCUGACAGCACCAGAGAAGUUUUGGAUUGUGAAAACUGGUACAAAACUGGAGACCAAUUCAUUCUUUACGAGGAUGGUAGUGGAAAAGUGGUGGGUAGAAUGAAAGAUAUGAUAAUUAGAGGGGGCGAAAAUAUAUCCCCAACGGAAAUUGAAAAGUUACUGGAAUCUCAUCCAGAUAUUUUGGAAGCUCAGGUAAUUGGUGUUAAACACGAACGUUUGGGUGAAGAAGUAUGCGCUUGUGUGCGGCUAAAGGCCGGCGUUGAACUGACAUUGGAUUCGAUAAGGGAAUUUUGUGAUCGAAAAAUUUCCGGUUAUAAAAUGCCAACUCAACUGCGGAUAAUGGAAAGCUUUCCCAGAACACCUUCUGGAAAGGUGCAGAAGUUCUUACUAAGGCAGCAAUUCAGUGAAUAGAAAGAAUGAAUAACUGACAAAUGACAAAAAUCUUUAAUUAAAGUUAUGAAAUAAAUUGGAAUUGGUUGAUAGUUUAAACAAACUGUAACUGUGUUAUGUAUUUGCACAAUUAAAUAAUGGUCGUACUGCA